CAACUUUUUUUUUCAAAAUGCAUCACUACAAUUUUACUGAUACUCACUGAGUCCAAACCAAUAAGUAUUUUUUAAGCAAAUAAUUCAGUUUUUUUUUACAAAAGAAAUGUUAAAUUUAUAAGAAAAAUUACAAAUUUAUAAUAAAAUUUUAUUAAAAUUAAGCAAUUAUAUUAAUUAAACCCACAAAACAACAUGGAAUUCAAUGAAAUUUCUAUGUGCCUGGAUGUUAAGCUGGACAUUUAUGAUAAACGCCCAGAUUCUUUAAAAUUUAAAACGUGGACAAAAUGUCAAGUGAAAAUUGAAGCUAUUAAAUGUUUACCCUGCUUUUUGCGCAUAAACUUUCAAUCAUUGCCUCAGAAUCCACAGGAAGAGGCAUCGUCUCAGCUAAGUGUUUCCAUUAAUGUUCCGGGUGUGACCAUUAGUUUGGCCACCUCGCGCACUAAGCAAUAUUCGUAUGGUUUAUUUUGGACACACAAUCGUCGUGAUUGUUUUAUUUAUUUUGCAUUGGAUACGGAAAUGGCAUGUCGCAAACAUAUGAAAUGGAUUAAGAAAUCGAUUAAGAAUUUGGAACUAUAUCGGCAGGUGUUUCUCGAGCAGCGUAGAAAUAGUCGUGGUUCAGGUUUGUUUGGUGAGCAGGUGAAGUUAGAGGAUAAGCAGAGAGAAUUAAGUGCCGUCAAGGAUGCCCUUUCGGCCUUGGGUCCCUUGCCACAAAUACCAGAUGCGAACAAUAGCAUCAACUGGUCGCGACGUGUCUCGCGAGCCUCUGAAAUCUACGAAGAAAUAUUUGAGGGAAAUUUUCCUCCUCGUCUAUCUCGGCGCCUGUCACGCACCUCUAUAGCCUCGGGCAUAUAUGAGGAAAUGAAACCCUGUUCGCCCAAUAUACACUCGAUCAUGGAGGAACAUUUAAAUUGUCCUCCUCCAUUGCCACCACUACCGGCACAUCGCAAAAGACUCAAUACCUGUGAAUCAGAUCCGUUUGGCUUGCUGGGAGAUAUACCACGCUCUAAUACAAAUCCUGAAUCAGAAUUGGCCAAAAAGAAAAAAUAUAAAAAUGUAUUAGAUAAUAUAUUCGGUUCGGGGCGAUCAAAGAGAGCGGAAAGUGUUAGUGAGACACCUACUUGUACCAUGGAGGAUAUCAUAAAUGGUGGUAGCAGUGAUAGUAAUGAACAGUUUCAUCCUAUUUAUGCUAAUGAGAUUUUAAAGCGUCCCCCUCCAUGUACAAAACCCAACAAACGUAAUAGUUUCUCUAGUCCGGACUUGUCCAAAAUCAAUUUCUUGGAUACCUUUGAUGAAGAUAAAGUGGCCGCCUUAUUGCAGUUAAAUAGCUCCAGCGAUUUAGAAGUACAUGCAGAUGAGGAUUUUUCUAGCGAAAUUGGAGCUGUACACAAUUAUAGCUCCUUAAGCUUAGAUGAUUCCGCCAUAGCGGCCUCCACUUCUUUGCUAGUAAUGUCUAGACUUCAGGCUUUGAAGGCCAAGUCGGGUUCUAUGGAAAGUUUAAAUGUUUCGGGACAAUUGCCUCAAAAUUUUAAUUUUUCAGCCUGUAAUACUUCCUCCAUUAAUCUAGUAGGAGCCAGUGGUGCUGUGCCUUCCAUACAGAAACUCAUACGUAAUAAAAUUAUUAUGGAAGAUGAACUAUCGGGCUAUUGUGUUAUGGCUCCUAUAAUAAGUAAGAAAUUGGAUGGACAAGAGACCACUACAACAACCACUUCCUCUACCACCUCUUCCACUACUUCAGGUUACUCUACCGGUUCCUAUUGUUCUUCUACCAGCUCAUCGACCUCUUCUAAUACUCAGGUAACCGAGAAUAAAGACUUACAACAAAAGCCGCUUUUAAUGCAAAGAGCAGCUAAAACAAAUGCCCACGAGAGUGACUACGAUGAAGUACCUAUGCGCAAAACUCCCAUACCAGUAAAUGAAACGGAUUUAAGCAACAUUUAUGAGAAUAUGCAAACUGGUUCUCCUCUAAAUAUCAGCGAUGUGGUUUUAAGGAAUCAUGAAAAUACUCCUCCCUUAAGUCGUGACUUUACGGGUAAUUUGUAUGAAAAUCUCUUGACGAUUAAAGCGGCCCAAGAGUUGGAACAACCUUUACCAGCUCAUAUCUGUACUAGUACACCUACCGAUUCACCGGCCGAUAAGCCAUCUCCUGGCACCUUGGAGGAACAGGAAAAUUUCUAUCAAACACCUAGAAAGUCCAUUAUAAGUAUUGAUGACAAGAUACCCUCAUAUUAUCCGAAUAGCUGUGAUACGGUUAAGAUGCGCAGACGUUCGAAUAGUCCUUCGAAACAAACUACUCCCACCACAGCUCAUAAAACGGGGGAAAAGGAGAAAUCUUCCAACGCCACCACAAUGGGUAUUAAACAUUUGGUCAAUAUCAAAAUGAAGCGUGAACGCAAAGAAAACCUAUACAUAUCAUCACCUCAAAAAAUCCUAGACCAACGCAAGAAAUCCACCACAACUACUAGCUCUCCUGCCUUAAACGCUACAAAAUCGAAAAAAUCCGCUAAUGCGCAAAAAAUCUCCGAAAACGUUUAUACGGUAAACUUAAGCAAUAAGAAGUCACUGCAACUAAACAACAACAAUUCACACAAUAACAAUAAUAUCGGUGAAAAAACGACCUAUAAAGAAAUAACCGAAACCGCCCAGCUUAAAGAAAAGCUACACAAUGAACUUUUACAAUUAGCUUUAUUACAAAAUAUAGAUUUUAAAUUCGAUGAUACGUCCUCUUCCACUAGCUCAAAUAAUAUGGAAAAUUCUGCAGCUAAAAACUAUCUUAAAACACCGCCACCGGCAGAAAGUGGUAUUGCCAAAUUGGAGCGAGCUGAAUUGGAAUAUGAACAUUGCUAUCAGGCUUCAAAAGAUGCCACUAGAUUAUUGCAUAAAUAUGCCACCUUGGCACCCAAACAAUCGAUGCGCAUUAAGCAACAAUUGCAGCAACAUUUACAGCUCAACAACCAAUGCACGAAUAAGAAAAAUCUAAUGACACAAUCCACUAAAUUGGAAUCGCCUGUUAGCAGUAAUGACUUAGCUGCCGCCAAUGCGGCUAUGGGCUCAAAAAAAUUCGCUUCUUUGCCAAGAUUUAAGAAAAUCGAUUUCUCUCCUUUAAAGUUAAAAAUUAACAAUGUUUUACAAAGAAAUCAAACGCCAGAUUUUUAAAACCCAUUUACAACUUAUUGAUGAAAAAGUGUUGAAAAGUUUUAAAAGAAAUUUUAUUUUGUUAAAUGUUUAUUUUUUUAUGUUGCUAGAUGAAAUUAAAUGUUUGUGUUA